AAGAAAGUCUGUCAGGAUGAGUUUUACGUAUGCACCAUAGGUCCUGAUCAAAAGGUCUCGUACGAUGUAAUCGUGACCAAGCGCCAGGGUGACUACCUGGAACGCAACACGGAAUAUGAAUGAUGACACGAUUGGAAAGAUAGCCUUAUUGAGGGUCACAAAUGUAACCUAUGAGGACGAAGGUAUUUACGAGUGCAGAGCAGAGGAGUGGGUGUAUGAGAAGCAUUCGCAGACGUAUGUCCAGGUCCAUGAACGGCCCCCUCCAUUCAUGAAGAUAACGUCUUGGGAUCCUAACAGAUAUUAUACACGUCAUGAAGGUGAUCCAUUGCAGUGGGUUGUCGACGUAGACGCGUAUCCUCCGCCUGAUGUGCAAUGGUUGAAUACGUAUGGCAACGAAAUGACGAGUUUGUUGAUACCUCAGAAAUCCAAAUAUCCAUUUGUCGUUACAUUGUAUAAGUCGAUAUUGGAAAUCGAUAGUUUGGAUUUAAAUGACAUGGGAACAUAUUCCAUCCAAGCCAGCAAUAGCUAUAACAAGGAAACAUUGAACUUUAUGUUGGACGUAAUAGCUAGACCAAAAUUGUACAUGAGCAAACCGAAUACGUAUUACUUCCCUAAUCAGGUGACAAAGCUAGAAUGCCAUGUUGAAGCGUUCCCGAAGCCGAAUAUUACCUGGAGUUACCGCAAGUGUCCCAAUUAUCCUUCUUGCGACGAUGGCACCCUCGAGUACUUAACGAAUUCCAAAGAAGAGGGAACCGUGAUUCAGCUGGUCUCUACAAUGUGGACGGUGAUUGAAAUGUCUGGUGAGCUUACUUGCGAGGCGUGCAACAGUGCUGGCUGCAACACUGUCACCAAUAGCGUGUCUGUUUCCGAUGAAGUCGGUGAAUUCGGCAUCAUUCUUACGAAGGACCCAGUGAUAGAAGGUGACGAAUGGGGGCUGAUCUGCGCUGCUUCGAUGCGUAAUUAUUCGGACAACUUUGAUUGGCACAACGAAGAUGGUCCAAUUGUGCAAUCUGACAGAUACUCUAUCGAUCGGGGAAAAACGCAGUUCACGUACAAAACAAUUUUGAAGAUACACAACGUAAAAAUAGAGGACUCGCAGGAAUAUAUCUGUAGCGUGAAGUUCGCGGGUAAUUUGACUCGAUCCACCGGAUAUCGUUUGGAAGUGCAGGCUGCACAAGCGCCUAUUAUUACCGAUACCAAUUUGAAGAACGGCGAGACAAUCAUCGACCUUAACACACGAGGUCGCAAGGCGGUAGAUUUUUACUGUUUCGCGGAUGGUAAGCCUAAACCGAGCAUUAGUUGGUUUAAGGACGGUAGACGGUUGUUAAUUAGCAACGAAAAACACAUGUUUUCCAACAACUCCCAAAAAGUUGAAAUAGAAUAUCCAUUGGAGAUCGACAGCGGCAAGUAUAUGUGUCGAGCGGAGAAUCGAAUUGGAAAAGUCGAAGUUUUUCAACAAAUAAUGAUAAAAGGGUUCAGAAUUCCUGUCGGUGUGAUCAUUUUGCUUGUCAUGUUAGCAGUGACCGUUCUGAUCCUGGUGAUCUACGUCGCUCUGAAAGUCCAUAGUGAUAGGAUGAAGAAAAGGAAAUUACUGGAAGCUGCCUUUUUGCACUUCGAGGAGGGAGGCGUCGAGAAUUUGAAUCCGGACUUAACGGUAGACGAUCAGGCAUAUCUGCUCCCGUACGACAACAAAUGGGAAUUUCCAAAGGAAAGAUUGAGAUUAGGAAAACACUUGGGAAGUGGCGCGUUCGGCGUAGUCUUGAAAGCGGAAGCUUCGGGCAUUUGCGAAGGCGAGGAGAAAACUACUGUUGCUGUGAAAAUGGUUCGCCGUGCUCCCAAUCUCGUGUAUAUCUGUGCACUUGCCAGCGAACUCAAGAUCAUGGUACACCUUGGCAAACACCUGAACGUUGUCAACCUUCUUGGCGCCUGCACAAAAAAUAUCUUGAAACACGAAUUGUUGGUCAUCGUUGAAUUCUGCCGAUUUGGUAAUUUGCACAGUUACUUAUUGAGGCAUAGAAGCAGCUUUAUCAAUCAGAUCGAUCCAGUGUCUGGCAAAUUAGAUCUCAGCAUCGGCUUGCUGACGAAAAUUGGCGGUGUAUGCGUCACUAACAGUAACAACCGCAAUUCUGAAUCUGAUUCGGUGCAGUGUCACGCGCCAGCUACAGAUUCCCAGGGAGUCGAUAUGUCAGCAGGUGAUUCCGUUCUUAAUAGCGCUUCAACUCAACCUGGUUGGUCCAACUGUCGGGGAGACUACAAGGACUCUAACUUAAAACCAAUUUGCACGCAGGAUCUGUUGUCCUGGGCGUUCCAAGUAGCUCGUGGAAUGGAAUAUAUCAGCCAGAGAAAAAUACUGCACGGUGACCUGGCCGCUAGAAAUGUCCUGCUGGCCGAUAACAAUGUGGUAAAGAUAUGCGACUUUGGUCUGGCCAAGAACAUGUACAAAGAAGAAAUUUACAAAAAGAAAAGUGACUGUCCAUUGCCCAUUAAGUGGUUGGCCAUCGAAACUAUGAGAGAUCAAAUUUUCUCCACUCAAUCGGACAUUUGGUCGUUCGGCAUAGUGUUAUGGGAGUUCUUCACAUUGGCAGAGACUCCGUAUCCUGGAAUGGAGACGAAUAUAGUGUACCAAAAGCUGAUCGAGGGUUACAGAAUGGAGCAGCCAGAAUAUGCCACGCCCGAAGUAUACGACAUAAUGUGUCAGUGUUGGAAGGCCGAGCCUUCUCUACGGCCGAGUUUCACGGAUCUAGUCAACAGUGUAGGAAAAUUGUUGGAGGACAAUGUAAGAACGGUAAGUUCGUUGAGUGAU